GUGCUUGGUUUGCCUGUUAUUUGAUCUUUUGUCAUGGAUCGAACUGGAAAGGCCAUCACGUCCAAGCAUCGCAGCGUCAUGUACGCCCUCGGCCACCUCAAGAGCACGCGGGAGUGGGUGCCGGACAGCGCGAGGCAUCACUGCUCAUGCUGCACGAAACAGUUCUUUUUGGGCGGCGGAAAACACCACUGCCGGCGAUGCGGGGACGUCGUGUGUAAAACGUGCGCGCCGUUCGCGCCUGCGCUGCUGCCGGUUGUCGGCCGCACGACCGUCCGCGUGUGCCAGAGCUGUCGUGCGAUCGAUGCCGCCCUCCCCGAAUCACACUUCCUCGACGACUUGUCGUCGUCAGAGGACGACGACGUCGAAGAGCUGCUGCAGGAAAAGUCCGAGAUGCUGCUCUUCAACCCGAGCCACGACGUCAUGGCACGGAUCGAGAUGAAGUUGAACAAGAAGAAGCUCGUCGAGUGCUGCGAAAACAACCGACCGACCUCAGCGUCGUCCACAGCGUCCAUGGCGAGCACCUGACCAUGUCCCGCGCGCCGUGGUUGAACUUAGCCACGCAACGCUUUCGUCGCGUUGGCCGUAACUUAAACAAGUGAUCAUGAUCGAGUUGAGGCACCCUAGAGUCGGG